AUGACAACAGAAUCCUGGAGCCCCAGUCUUGGAGAGGAAGAUGGGAACUAUGACUGGUCAGGGGACUAUGGAGAGCCCAAGCUCUGUCUCACUUCUGACCUCCCCUAUGGUUAUGUCUAUAUACCCCUCCUUUACCUGGCAGCCUUUGGGGCUGGGCUGGUGGGCAACUCCUUUGUGGUUUGGCUGCUGGUUGGGCAGCAGGGCCCCCGGCGGCUGGUGGACACCUUUGUGCUCCACCUGGCUGUGGCUGACCUGGUGUUUGUGGUCACCCUACCGUUCUGGGCCACAGCCGCAGGACUGGGCGGCCGCUGGACCUUUGGGGAGGGUCUCUGCAAGGUCAGCAGUUUUGUUAUCGCAGUGACCAGAUGUGCCAGUACCCUACUUCUGGCUGGCAUGAGUGUGGAUCGAUACCUAGCCGUGGUGAAACUCCUGGAUGCCAAGCCUCUUCGGAACCAGAGCUGCAUGCUGACGGCAUGUGGAGUGAUCUGGAUCAUCUCCAUUCUGGCUGGCAUUCCCUCUCUGGUCUACAGGAAAUUGUUGCCCAUGCCAGUCGGUCCUGGCAGCCUGUGUGGAGAUGACCAUACUGACAUCUUCCAGUGGCUCAGCCUCCUGGUCCUCUUCCUCACAUUCAUCCUCCCGCUGGCCAUCACCUUUUUCUGCUACUCCCUUAUCUCUCGACGUCUCUGGAGUCUCCCUCACCUGAGCAGGGGUCGGAAGAACUCCCUGAGGAUCAUCUUUGCCAUCAUGGGCACCUUCACCUGCUGCUGGCUUCCCUUUAGCCUAUUGAAGACAUUCUUCCACAUCGCCCACCUGAGAGCUCUGCCUUUAGACUGCCCAGUGAUUCUGGCACUGCGCUGGGGCUUCACCCUCACCACCUGCCUAGCCUUUGUCAAUAGCAGUGCCAACCCCAUCAUCUACCUUCUUCUGGAUCGUUCCUUCCAGGCUCGGGUUCGGGGGUCCUGCAGGAGGACCCGACCUCCCCUGACAAGCAGAGGGAGCUCAGCCUCCUCUCUCUCUGGGGGUGACAGCUGGAGCUGGGGACUAGGACGGAGCAUCCGCACCACUCCUAGAAUUUCCUUCCUCCAAAAUCCAUGAGGGAAAGGGGAAAGAAUGCAGGGAGGAACCAAAAUGAACAGGUAAUAGGGGGGGCAGCGUGGUUUCUUCCUUACUCCAGAUGUCUUUUCUUAAAGCAAACAACACCAGCUUCUCCGCCUGGAUUCCUGACUUUAAGAGCCACCACUUCUCGAGGGCUCUAAGGCCAAUAGACUGGGCACCCUUCACCAGCCCAGAGCAGCGGGGCCACACAUUUCUCUCCAUCUCUGUGUGUACAAUUUGGACCAUUUUCUUUACUGAGGAGGUUGGUCACUGACCCUGAAAAAACCCAACUGACCCAGAGAACCCUACAACCAGCAAUCCUGUAGCGUUACCCAGCCUAACCUUAGCCUUGGCAAUAAAUUCCAUUCUCAGUCCUUUCA